GGACACUGGGGGUCAGGAACGUCUGCAGUGGCCGUGGCGCGGUCCCUUGCACUGCGGAGAGCGUUUCAGCAGCAACCCCGCUUGCAUGGCACUCCCGCCUUCCGGCUAGGUCACCCCCAAACGCUUGCAGACGUCGGCAAAGGCUCCCGCGCCCGCCCCCCACACCCCCAAAUCGGCGGAUGGAGGACCAUGUCCUGCCUGUAAGAUGCUACCAACCAGACACAUUUCAAUCAAAUAUGUUUGUGGGCACCCAGCCAGUAUGUGAAUGGAUAAAGAAGAACGUUAAAAAACGCAUCUAUUCCAGUCCCGUCUCCCCUGAAAGAACCUUGUGGCGAUCAAUCCUGGUGACCCCCUCAUCUCUUGGAAUCACCGGAAUGCCAUGUAAAGGAAGGGACAUGAUGACCCUUCUGCUUCUGUUGCUGUUCUUCUGUGAGGCCCAGAGCCGGGCGGCAUCAAAGCCCAACUUCGUCCUGCUGAUGGCUGACGACCUUGGCAUCGGGGACCCCGGUUGCUAUGGCAACAAGACGCUCAGGACUCCCAAUAUCGACCGCCUGGCCAGAGGGGGUGUGAAGCUCACGCAGCACCUAGCAGCAUCACCCCUCUGCACGCCCAGCAGGGCGGCCUUCAUGACCGGCCGGUACCCUGUCCGCUCAGGAAUGGCAUCUCAGUCCCAAGUGGGAGUUUUCCUCUUCUCGGCCUCUUCUGGAGGACUGCCCCCCAGUGAGAUUACGUUCGCCAAGCUUCUGAAGGAUCAAGGCUAUUCCACAGCUCUGAUAGGCAAGUGGCACCUGGGCAUCAGCUGCCACGACCCGGGCGACUUCUGUCACCACCCGACCAGCCACGGCUUCGACUACUUCCACGGGCUGCCCCUGACCAACCUGCGGGACUGCAAGCUGGGCGAGGGCAGUGUGUUCACCCCGGCCUUCCAGCUGUUGGUGUUGCUGCCCAUGCAGCUCAUCACCGUGGCCCUGCUGACCCUGAUCGUGCUCAAGUGGCUGGGGCUCUUCCGGGCACCCCGCUGUGUCUUGCUUUUCCUCUUCCUUCUGGCCGCCCUAUUCCUCGGCCUCCUGCUCGGCUUUCUGCACUACUUUCGGCCGCUCAACUGCUUCCUGAUGCGGAACCGUGACAUCACGCAGCAGCCCAUGUCCUACGACAACCUCACGCAGAGGCUGACGGCAGACGCCGCCCACUUCUUACGUCGAAAUGCCGAGACCCCUUUCCUGCUUGUCCUGUCUUUCCUGCACGUGCACACAGCUCUCUUCUCUUCGAAGGAUUUUGCCGGCAAAAGUCAACACGGCUCCUACGGGGAUGCCGCUGAGGAGAUGGAUUGGAGUGUUGGGCAGAUCUUGGAUGUCCUCGAUGAGCUGAAACUGGCUAAUAACACCCUGGUGUACUUCUCCUCCGACCAAGGAGCUCAUGUAGAGGAGGUGACCCUCAAAGGGGAAGUUCAAGGAGGCAGUAACGGUAUCUACAAAGGGGGAAAAGCCAACAACUGGGAAGGAGGCAUCCGGGUUCCUGGCAUCGUCCGGUGGCCGGGAGUGAUCCAGGCCGGCCUGGAGAUUGAUGAGCCCACCAGCAACAUGGACAUCUUUCCCACGGUGGCCAAACUUGCGGGGUCUCCUCUGCCACAAGACAGGGUCAUCGAUGGCCGGGACCUGAUGCCCUUGCUUCAGAUGCAGACCCAGCGAUCGGAGCACGAGUUUCUCUUCCACUACUGCAACUCCUACCUGAACGCCGUGCGCUGGCACCCACCCAACAGCACAUCCAUCUGGAAAGCCUUUUUCUUCACCCCCAAGUUCUCCCCGGAGGGCGCCAACGGAUGCUUUGCCACGCACGUGUGUUUCUGUCACGGGCAGUACGUUACCUACCAUGACCCGCCCCUGCUGUUUGAGAUUUCCAGAGACCCCCGGGAGAGAAACCCGUUAACCCCGACAUCGGAGCCACGGUUCUGGGAGAUCCUGGAGGCCAUGCAGGAGGCGGCAGCCCGCCACGCCCGGACCCUUCAGGACGUCCCCAACCAGCUCUCCCUGGGGAACCUGAUGUGGAAGCCGUGGCUGCAGCUGUGCUGCUCGUCACUGGGGCUUUCCUGCCAGUGUGACCGGGAGGACCAGGAUGGGAGACAGAGCCCUUAGCCGUUAUCGGCAGCGUCUGGGGGUGCAUGGGGUGGGAGGAGCGCCCAGCCGGCAGCAUCAGGGAUGAGCGCCCAGGAUCGACCCUGGGGGGAGGCCGCCCUGGCCGCCUCCCUCCUCCCCAUGCACCUGGAGGCUCCGUCAACACCCCCUUCCACACACACACACACACACACACCUUUCCCCCCCCGGGGCGGGCAUCAACGUUUGAAAUAAACAGAGACACAGAUGUUACUUACAUCGUCUUCCGAGGCCAAUUGUUCACGUGGAUGGAUGACUGGGCAAUGAGUGUCCAACAUCUGUGUGGUUGAGGGCAGGAAGGGGCACAGGUGAGCUACUGACCUCUCAGACAGCGUGAUCCACGGCUGAAGACGUUGCUGACUUGAUGCACCGGCCACCAGGAUUUCCCCUAGAGAGCAUCGCAUGAGAGUGAAUCAAAUGUUAAGUGUUUACUGAAAUCUAACACGUGCCCCUUUUUUACCCUGCAUAAAAGAGCAUCUUGCCCAAUCACGGAUGAUGGUUAAGUUGCCAUCUUCUGGUUUCUGAAAGGCGAUUACGGUCAGUAUUAUUUGCAAAUACGUAUGAAACACUCUUCACGCUGUACAUGGGUAUGUGUCUUUCUUUGAGAAGCUUGCAAUAUUUAGAAGCUCAUCACUGUUGAAGGAGAAGCAACAGAGGCUUGCAGAUGUGUUUUGUGCGACCGCCUUUUGGUGAGCUCUCUCAGCGAAUGUCAAAGCUGAGACACACCUCUCCG